AUGCAAUACCCCGGCCGCGGCAGCGACGCCACACUCCACCUCCAGAUCUCCAUCCAUCCCGGGCCGCCGGUCGCGCGGCCUCCGGCCGCCGGGGGCCUGCCGCUGCAUGUGGCGCGCCCGCGCCCCGGCGCGCCCGCUUCGCCCACCGACCCCCGGGGGCCGGCGGGGGUCUCGAAUCCCCACGUCUCCGGCCGGCGGCUGUCCACCGGCGGGCAUCUGACCGUCAUCCAGGCGCCGGCCGUGCCGCUGACCAACAGCACCAGCGACGAAAGCGACUUCUAUGACGCGGCCCAGGGGCCGCCGGCGGCCAUCCCCCCGGCUGCCAACCCGUCGGCCCAGCUGUUCACCCUGUCCGGCACGGCGGCGGCCCUCACCUCCAUCGGGGUGCUGAGCAUGGGGCAGGCCGCGGCCAUGGGCGGCGGGGCCGGCAGCGGCGGGGCCACGGUGGUGGUCACCUCGCACCAGCCGGCGCUUCCUCCUCGGCCGGCGGCCGCGGCCCGGCUCACCACGUCGGCCGGCCUGCCCGAAGGCUGGGAGGAGCGCUUCGACCAUGAUGGCCGGCGCUACUACGCCAACCACCACCUGCGCGAGACCCAGUGGGACCGGCCCACCCUGCCGGCCAACCAGUCGCCCUCGGUGCGCAGUGGCACGGCCCACCGGGCCGGCGCCGCGCGCCCGCCGCCCACCACCACCGCCUCCAGCACCCUCCCCCGGUCGGCCACCCGGUCGGCCAGUGCCCCGGCUGCUGCCGCUGCCACCGGCACCGCCGCCGCUCCUGGCCCGGCGACACAGCCGCGCUCCGGCCCCUUCGGCGGGGCGGACCUCCUGCGGGCGCGGUCGAUCGGGAGCAGCGUCGGGGCGGGGGCCGGCCGUCGGGCUGCCGGCCCGGGCCCGACGGCCGCCGGGCACCUGCCCGCCGCUCGGCCGGUGGCCUCCGGCGACCCGAACUACCACGGGCCGCGGGCCCUCGGCGAUUGGCGCAUGUACACCGACGGCCAUGGGCUCUAUUACUACCACAACUUCCAGACCAACGUGGCCAAGAUGUCCCCGCCCAGUGUCUUCCGCAAUCACGCCAGCGGCCUCGGCGCCACGAACCCCUCCUGGCCGGGGAGCUCGACGCGCACCCUGGCCUCGGCCCUGGGCAUGGUGGCUGAGGGCGGCUCGGCCGGGGCGGCCGCCCGGCAGCCGUACACCCUGGACAAGUACCUGGCCGCGCGGCAGCGCCCCGGGGCGGGGCCGCCGCUGCCGGCCCGGCCGCCCUCGGCCCCGGCGUCGGGGGCGGCCUCGGCCUCGGCAUCCUCGGUCACCGUGGCCGUCGAUGCGGCCCUCGGGCCGGGCCCCACCGCCGGCUCCUCCUCGUCCAUGCUCGCCCCCGCGGCCGGCGCACAGCGCUCGCAGCAGCAGCAGCAGCAGCAGCAGCAGCAGGCCCGCCCGGAGACUGGCGACACGGAGGAGGCCUCGGCCUUCUCGGUGGCGCCGGCAAAGCAGCCCCAGACGGACCCUGCCGGGGCCGGGCCCGGGCCCGGGGCCGCCGCCGGCGCCACCACCCCGCGACACUCCAGCGACCUGGUGGACCGGUUUUCCGUCAAGCACAAGGCCCUGCAGCGUGCGCUGAAUGUCAUCAAGAAUGCGGCGGCCAGCGCCCCGGACGAUGGGUCGGCCGGAUCGGCCGCCUCGAGCAGCCGCCGCGCGGCGGCGGCCAUGGCCUCCGGGUCCUCCUCGAGCUCGCGCCGCGCGGCGCAGCGCGUGCAGAAGUUCAACAUCCGCGUGCGCCGGUCCCGCCUGCUGGACGACUCCUACCGGGCGGUCAUCCGGGCCGACCCGCAGCACCUCCGCCGGCCGCUGAAUGUCACCUUCGCCGGCGAGAGCGCCCUAGACUAUGGCGGCGUGCAGCGCGAGUGGUUCGCCGCCGUCAGCAAGCUGGCCUUCAGUCCGGACUAUGGGCUCUUCGAGUAUGCCAAGUCCGGCCAGUACCUGCUGGACGUGAGCCGCGUCAGCGGGGUCAAUCCCUCGCAUUUGGAGUACUUCCGCUUUGUCGGCCGUUUGAUUGGCAUGGCCAUCCUACACGACAAGUACUUGGAUGCCUUCUUUGUCACGAGCUUCUACAAGCGUCUCCUCGGGCACAGCGUUGCACUGUCGGACCUGGAGUCCAUCGAUGCCGAGCACUACCGGUCCUUCAACUGGAUGCUGUCCAACCCCAUCGAGGGGGUCAUCUAUGAGAACUUCAGUGCGGCCUACGAAUACCUCGGCCAGGUUCGCCGCGUUGAGCUGGACAUCGAAGUGACCGAUGACAACAAGCAUGAGUAUGUGGAGAAGUAUGUCGCAUGGCGGUGCGCCCAUGGCACCGAGGCCCAGAUGACGGCCAUCCUGCACGGCCUGCACGAGGUCAUCCCGCGCUCCAUGCUGCAGGCAUUUGAGCCAUCGGAGUUGGAGCUCCUGAUCGGCGGCCGCGAUGACAUCGACCUCGACGACUGGUUCCGCAACACCAUCUACAAGAAGUACACCCCUGUUGACCCGCAGAUCGUUUGGUUCUGGGAGGUCAUUCGCAGUUGGGAUCCCUCCAAGAGGCGGAAACUCUUGCAGUUUGUCACCGGGUCCGAGCGUGUCCCGGCCACCGGCUUCGGCGACCUGGUCGGGUCGUCCGGCAUCCGGCGCUUUUGCAUCGAGAAGUGGGACGCCUCGCACUCGGGCGACUCCCUGCCUCAGAGCCACACAUGCUUCAACCGCAUCGAUAUCCCCCCCUACACUUCGAAGGCCCAGCUCCUUGAGAAGUUGGAGGUGGCCAUCGAGCACGCCACCAGUUUCGGCAUUCAGUAG